AUGGCUGCUCAUGAUUUUGUUGUUGCCCAUGUACGGAGGAGAAUUGGAAAUGGCCAGGAAACUUUAAUAUGGGGUCAUCCGUGGUUGCAGGAUAAUCCUAGUCCACUGGUUCAAACAGUAAUGCCGGAACCAUUAAGGGAUGCAGUUGUAGCAGGUUUAAUAGAUCAGCAAACAAAAACAUGGGACCCCCAUAUUUUAUCAGAUCUAUUUGAACCUGAGGAUGUGGAUCGUAUUCUAAAAAUACAUAUGGAUUACAUUGUGGAAGUUGAAAGUUCCACCCAAAUGGAAAACUUUCUUAUGGAGAGCGGUGUGUGA